AUGUGCUCUGCACGCACCUCUCCUCUCAUCGACAUGCCAUCACCCCCCUUCCCGUCCGCCCUUCCCUCUCAACCCUGCAGCACGCCCCAGGACUCCCCCACCGCUCGCUCCCUCUGCACCCCUCCAUCCAUGCUGCUCACAGGGGCCCACCAGCAGCCCCCAGGGGGAGCACGAGUGCCCGUGGCGGCAGCGGUGGCGGAGGCGGCGUGUGUGCUGCGCCUGCUGGUGCUGCGCCGGGCGCACAUGGCUCAUGCCCUCGCCACCGCGCCCUUCCCUCCCCGGUACAUGGUGGAGAUGGCGGGGGAGAGCGCCUUCAAGGUCAAGUGGGCCAACGGGGCCACACUCACGCUCACUGCCUGCAACGACUGGCCAAUGCCGGGCGGCCACCUGGCAGUGGCUGACGUGGAGCUGCCCCACACAGCGCAGUCAGGCGAGGAGAAGCAGCAGCUGCUCUCGCUGCUCUCCACCGCCGUGGUGAGCUCACCACGCCCCUUGGUUGUGCUGUGUGCGUGCGAUCAAAGCUCUGACCUCAAGAUUGCUGCUGAGCUCAAGAUUGCUGCUGAGCUCAAGAUUGCUGCUGACCUCAAGAUUGCUGCUGAGCUCAAGAUUGCUGCUGAGCUCAAGAUUGCUGCUGAGCUCAAGAUUGCUGCUGAGCUCAAGAUUGCUGCUGAGCUCAAGAUUGCUGCUGAGCUCAAGAUUGCUGCUGAGCUCAAGAUUGCUGCUGAGCUCAAGAUUGCUGCUGAGCUCAAGAUUGCUGCUGAGCUCAAGAUUGCUGCUGAGCUCAAGAUUGCUGCUGAGCUCAAGAUUGCUGCUGAGCUCAAGAUGAAAGCUCUGAAUGCACUGCUCACCACGUCCCUUGCUGGGUGCCUCCGGUUCACCACGUCCCUUGGAGCUCUGAGCUCAAGCUCGUGGCAUCGUGCUGUCUGGCACCUCACUGCUUCCCCUCCCCCCCCUCCCUCGCCAUGGCAGGGUGACGCGCAGCAGCAGGAUGGCGCAGCUGCAGCCCCAUCAGCUGUGGGUGGUGUGAUAGCAGCGGCAGGGGCGUGUCUGCGCAAGGCCAUGAUGGUGGCACUCAAGACCACUUGA